UCUGAAGCAAAAUCCUUAAAAUCAAGAGUUGGCCUAAUUAUAGAAAAAGUAUGUUAAGGGAAACCGUUGGUGAUUGCAAAAUGAAAAACCGUUAGCUUAUCAAUAUAAUACAGCUUUGUGUCCUCCCCGAACCCUCUCAUGCCCUUCUAUAAGCAGCCUUGGGCCUUUUCCAAGGUUUUUGUUUUAGCCAUGGCUAAACCUCCGUCCUUUGGCUGCUGCUUCUUCCUCUUAUUCUUCUCCUUCUUAUCUUCUUCCUUUGUCUCAUUUGCCUUAACCGAUACAGAAGCUGCCUUCAUUGUGCAGCGACAGCUCUUAACGUUACCAGAGAAUGGCGAACUUCCUGAUGACAUUGAAUACGAGGUUGAUCUCAAGGCUACAUUUGCCAACACAAGGCUCAAGAAAGCUUAUAUAGCUCUUCAGGCUUGGAAAAAGGCAAUAUAUUCAGACCCGUUUAACACCACGGGAAACUGGCAUGGCCCGCACGUGUGUAGCUACACCGGUGUGGUUUGUGCGCCAGCUCUUGAUGAUUCUGAGGUCACGGUUGUAGCUGGUGUUGACCUCAACGGUGCUGAUAUCGCAGGGCAUUUGCCUGCUGAGCUUGGUUUGAUGACGGAUGUUGCUAUGUUCCAUUUGAAUUCAAACCGGUUUUGCGGGAUUAUACCUAAAAGCUUUGAGAAGUUGAAGCUAAUGCACGAAUUCGAUGUCAGUAACAACCGUUUCGUUGGAACUUUCCCUGACGUUGUCCUCUCUUGGCCUGAAGUCAAAUACUUCGACCUUAGGUUCAACGAUUUCGAAGGUCAAGUCCCUCCUGAGCUUUUCAAGAAGCAACUUGACGCCAUUUUCUUGAACAACAAUAGAUUCACCUCGGUGAUUCCUGAAUCUCUAGGGGAAUCUCCGGCCUCGGUUGUGACUUUUGCUAACAACAAAUUCACUGGUUGUAUCCCUAAGAGUAUCGGAAAUAUGAAGAAUCUCAACGAGAUUGUCUUUAUGGACAAUGGUUUGGGAGGUUGUUUCCCGUCCGAAAUCGGCAACUUAUCGAAUGUGACAGUUUUCGAUGCAAGCAAGAACUCGUUCAUAGGUCGUCUCCCGACUAGCUUUGUCGGGUUGACCGGUGUGGAGGAAUUUGAUAUCUCCGGGAACAAACUCACAGGACUUGUACCGGAUAACAUUUGCAAGUUGCCUAAUUUGGUGAACUUCACUUACUCGUACAAUUACUUCAAUGGACAAGGAGGUUCGUGUGUUCCAGGUGAUGCUCGCAAGGAAAUUGCAUUGGACGACAUACGUAAUUGCUUGCCUGCUCGACCUUACCAACGAUCUUCCCAGGAAUGUGCGGUCGUGAUCAACCGCCCAGUUGAUUGUAGCAAGGACAAGUGCGCUGGUGGCGGAGGUGAUGGCUCUUCAACUCCAUCGGAACCAUCGCCGGUUCCAACUACGCCGGUUCACAAACCAUCACCGGUUUACAAACCAGCGCCAGUUCCAACUACGCCGGUUCACAAACCAUCACCGGUUUACAAACCAGCGCCAGUUCCAACUACGCCGGUUCAUAAACCAUCCCCGGUUCCAACUACGCCGGUUCACAAACCAUCACCGGUUUACAAACCAGCGCCAGUUCCAACUACGCCGGUUCACAAACCAUCGCCAGUUCCAACUACGCCGGUUCACAAACCAUCGCCAGUUCCAACUCCGGCAGUUCCAUCUCGGCCGGUUCAAAAACCACAACCGCCAAAAGAGUCACCGCAACCGGAUGAUCCUUAUGAUCAAUCUCCAGUGACGAAAAGGCGCAGCCCUCCUCCACCUCCAUCACACCCUCCGGUGGUUCAUUUUCCGCCUCCGGCUCCGGUCAACUCUCCACCACCACCAGUGUACUCACCUCCGCCUCCGGCUCCUGUACAUUCUCCGCCACCACCGGUACACUCGCCACCACCGCCGGUGCACUCUCCGCCACCACCGGUUCACUCUCCGCCACCGCCUGUUCACUCUCCACCACCGCCGGUGUACUCGCCACCUCCGCCGCCUGUCUACUCUCCCCCACCUCCACCGGUGUAUUCGCCACCGCCGCCACCUGUCUACUCUCCCCCACCUCCCGUCUUUUCUCCACCGCCGCCAAUCUACUCCCCGCCGCCACCACCGGUACAUUCGCCACCGCCACCACCCCCUCCGGUUAACUCGCCACCGCCACCGGUUCACUCCCCGCCGCCACCAGCACCUGUUAACUCACCGCCGCCACCGGUCUUGUCUCCUCCAGCUAACCCGCCAAAGGCCAGUCCACCACAACAGACACCAGUCAAACCGUCGCCAUCGCCAGUCCAACCUUCACCAACACCAACGGUCUUUUCUCCACCGCCGUCACAAUCUCCGCCGAAGAUCAACUCCCCAGCGGCUCAAGCACCAGCUCCAAGUGAUGAUGAAUUCACCAUACCAACGUUCAUCGGCCACCAAUACGCAUCCCCACCGCCGCCAAUGUUCCCAGGCUACUAAUAUCAGUCGGAAGAGAAAAGAAGAAGAAGAAGUCUAUAUCGUCUUUGGACUAUUGGUAAAAAACAGAAAUAUUUGAGGAAGAAGAAGAGAAACGGUGAAAAAGUAAUGACAUAUCAAAAAAACAAAAUGAAGAA